UAACUAUGUAAUUAUUUGCAAUCAGUACUUAUUUAUGGGGAUUUAUUCUUUUUGGGCUUCGACAAAAUCCUCAAAUUUUCAGAUCUUAAUUCUCAAACCCUAAUAGAAGAAAGAAUUGGGGUUCGAUUUACAUAAUUACUUUGAUUCGAUCAGUCGUCCAUAGGAACUUGUGGUUGGAGGGAGCAAUGGUUGAUUGCUGGAGUUCUUUGCAUGCUCAUAACUGGUCGCUUGUUACUUUACUUGGCCUGUAAUCUUGGCGUGCCAGGAGGUAUGAACAUAGUCAAAGGUGUAGCAGACCUCAUUUGGAGGUCUGGUGGCCAAAGUGGGGAAUAUGGAUCAGUCCCACAAUCUGGGAGGUUUUCUCCACCGAAUCCAACUAUCUGUUUCAGUGAGGUAGGCGAUGAGGCUAUUCUGAAAGCACUUUUGGAAAAAUAUGUGACUACUGUUGAUGAGGUGGAAAAGAGAAAGUUGUUCCAUAUAUUUCUCAAGCAAUUCUUGAUGAUAUUCCAGAACUGGAAACCCUUUAAUUUGGGUCAAACUCCUGAAGAAACUCCUACCCCUUCACCUGUGGAAUAUUACCAAAAUAUUGGUGAUGUGGUGUUUGGCUGUAGUUAUGGUCACCCUACUGAAGUAAUACUGAUCUUGACAGAAGAAGUUUCACGAAUAACAAGAUUGCUUACGAACAAUCAAGUUGGCAUCACUACAAGCAUAAAUAUAACAAGCGAAUCAUGGAUGGCCUUAGAUGCUUUGGCUGUUGUGACUUUAUCUAUUCAUAACUGCAAAGUUUUUGGUUAUCAUGGUGGGAUUCAGAAGCUUACAGCAUUGAUGAAAGCUGCUGUUGUCCAACUUAAGACUAUAACUAGUGCACUCCCAGCAGAUGAAAGUUUGUUUAAUACUAUGGUAGAGAGUGCUGGAACUUUGCAGAAGAUACUUGUUCAUGUGGUGUCCGUCAUCUGCAAUUUCAUUGAUUUUCAUUCAAGCAUAGAGGAAAAUGUACAGGACAAGAGUACCAAAACCGAAACUUCUGUGGCGAGGAGUGGUGAAAUAUUAAUUAACCCUUCUACUGCUGUAAAAUCUCCAGUUUCUGAAACAAUCUUAUCAUGGCACCAAAAAACAGUUGUAUCGGUCAUGGAAGCUGGAGGUCUUAAUUGGUUAUUAGAGAUAUUGCGUCUGAUCAGGAGAUUGAUUAUGAAAGAACAGUGGGCGGAUAUGUACCUCCAGCACUUGACUCUCAGAGCUCUUAAAUCAGCUUUGGCUGAUAAUCCACGUGGUCAAAACCAUUUUCGAAGUAUUGGAGGUCUGGAAGUUCUAUUAGAUGGACUUGGAGUUCCUUCAAUUGAUAGCUUGAUCGCCAGUGAUUCAUCGAGAAACAAAAAUCUGCAGGGAAUUUUUAAUCUCCAUGUCCUCUCAUUGGAGGUUCUCAGGGAAGCUAUCUUUGGUAAUUUCAACAAUUUGCAGUUUCUGUUUGAGAAUGGGAGGGUACAAAAGCUUGCAAAUAGCUUUUGUUCAGUCGCGUUCAUGCUUCAAGAGUACAAGCAGCGCAAGGAUGAAUUUGAAGCAGGAAAGAGAGAUGCUUCAGAAAUCUGUAAAGAAGACGUGUCGUCUCCAUUUCUAUCUGAUCCAUCUUAUUUACAACAUUGGAAAGAUUAUGUUGCCAGGUUGAGUGCAGCUCUAUGUUAUUUCUUUGUUGAAGCAAAAGACACCAAAUCCUGCCUCAUUCAAUCAACUAUCAGCAGAAAUGUCAUAUUGGUGUCUGCAGCUUAUGCAGAACUAUCCGUGAAGUGGUUCACAAGGGUGCUUCUUACAGUUUUCCCAUGCAUCAAGGCCUGUUCAGAUCAAAACGAAAUCCCUAGCCACCUAAGGAUCUUUGCCUACACAAUGCAGCAUUGUGUUCUUUUUGCAUUUAAGAAGGUCCUUCUUUCAUCACCGUCAUUAAUUGAUGUCUUCCGUUCAGAGAGUGUGUGGGACUUUAUCUUCUCUGAGAGUUUUUUCUACUUUGGUCUGGCUCCUACUGAAUUUUCUGGGGAGAAUUUUAGGAGCAAUGAGGCUCCUUUAAUAGAUGAUGAAGGAUACAGUGGUUCAAUUUCCUCAAUGAAUCAAGUUAAUUUAUGUGAUGUGGAUAUCCUCCAAGUUGAAGUAAUCUCAUUCAUGGAAUUUGCAGCAACUUUAAAUGGAACUUCCCAUAACUUGCCCGAAUGUACUGUUUUGCUGGAUGCCCUCGAACAAUCUGCAUGUAAUCCUGAGCUUGCCAAUGUUCUGGCAAAGGGCCUGCUUCAUAUAUUGCAGCUUUCUGCUGAGAAAACUGUUUCUUCAUUUAAGACACUUGCUGCAAUUCCUCGGCUUCUCAAAGUUGCCUGUAUUCAGGUCCAGGAAUCUAAAGGGCCUGGAACUACAACUGCUUUUGCUGAAACCAUUACGGAUGGCCUUGCAUCUUGUCAAAGCCAUGAAAUUUCUUAUUCUCCUGAGGUGACUCAGAGUUGGGCAAAAUGCAUGCAAACAUUCAUGGAACUAUUUGCAGAGUACUUCUCAGUAUCAGAUGAUACAAAACUUUCAAUUUUGUGCAGUUCUAUGUGCAUCAAUUGUAUGUUUGACUUGUUUUGGGAAGAGAGUCUUAGAGAUCUUAUGCUGAAGUAUGUUCUUGAUCUUAUGAAGAUCGUCCCAAUUACUGAAGAGGACAAGAAAGCAAAAGUUUUUCUGUGCUCCAAGUACUUGGAGACAUUCACACAUGUGAAAGAACGAGUUAAGAAUUUUGCAGAUUUGUCAGUUGAGUUACUGAUGGGAAUGAGAGACAUGCUACUAAGAGAUCGAGUGUAUUAUCAAGCUUUGUUCCGUGAGGGUGAAUGUUUCUUGCAUGUUCUCUCAUUGUUGAACGGAAACCUGGAUGCUGGAAAUGGAGAGAAGUUGGUUUUAAAUGUCAUUCAAACACUGACUUUCUUACUAUCGCAGAAUGAUGCUUCAAAGGCUGCUUUUAGGGUGCUCGUUGGGAAGGGUUAUCAGACUUUGCGGAGUUUGCUGCUGGAUUUCUGCCAGUGGCAGCCUGGUGAAGCACUUUUAAGUACGCUGCUUGAUAUGUUGGUUGAUGGAAAAUUUGAUCUCAAGGUGAACUCUGUUAUAAAGAAUGAAGAUGUGAUCUUGCUUUAUCUCAGUGUUCUUCAAAAGAGCAGUGACUCAUUGCAACACCAUGGUCUCAAUAUGUUCCUUCAUUUGCUAAGGGAUUCCUUAUCUAAUGAAUUGGUUUUCACAAGACAAUAGUGAAACUAUAGUUUGGAAAAUCUCCCAGUUAAUUCAGGUUAUUGGCGGGCAUAGUAUAUCUGGAAAAGAUAUUCGGAAAAUAUUUGCUCUGCUUCGUAGUGAGAAUAUGGGUCUUCAGCAGCGCUCAAGCUCAUUACUCUUAACCAGCAUGUUAACAAUGCUAAAUGAGAAAGGACCAACGGCAUUCUUUGAUCUCAAUGGGAUUGAUUCUGGCAUCGUAAUCAAAACACCAGUUCCAUGGCCUGUGUACAAGGGAUUUUCAUUUACAUGUUGGCUCAGGGUAGAAAACUUUCCGCAAAAUGGACCAAUGGGGCUCUUCAGUUUCCUAAUGGAAAAUGGACGAGGGUGCUAUGCUGUCCUUGCAGAGGACAAAUUGAUUUAUGAGUCAAUCAAUCAGAAACGGCAAUGUAUAUCGAUGAAUUUGAACCUUGUGAGAAAGAAGUGGCACUUUUUCUGUUUGGUUCAUUCUGUUGGUAGAGCAUUUUCAGGGGGAAGCCAGCUGAGAUGUUAUUUGGAUGGAGUUCUUGUUUCCUCAGAAAAAUGCAGAUAUGCUAAAGUUAAUGAUCCAUUGACUAGUUGCACAAUUGGAACUAAACUCGAUCUACCCAUAUCCAAGGACGAGAAUGUCACUCAUUCUAUCAAAAACUCUUAUCCUUUUCUUGGUCAGAUUGGUCCCACAUACUUGUUCAGUGAUGCUAUCUCUUCUGAACUAGUGCAGGGCAUAUAUUCUUUAGGACCAAGUUAUAUGUACUACUUCCUUGAUAAUGAAAUUUCUGUCUAUGUGGAUAACUUUUUGUCUGGUGGAGUUAGUGAUGCCAAAGAUGGCCUUGCAUCAAAAAUCAUCUUUGGACUUAACGCGCAGGCAAGUGAUGGGAGGAAAUUAUUCAAUGUGUCACCGAUCGUGGAUCAAGCACUUGAUAAGAAGUGUUUUGAAGCAACUGUACUGGGUGGCACACAGCUAUGCUCUCGACGGCUGCUGCAGCAGAUCAUUUAUUGUGUUGGGGGGGUAUCUGUGUUUUUUCCUCUUUUGACACAGUGUGAUAUUUAUGAACAUGAAGCAAGCGAUCAAGUUGGCGGGACAUUGCUCACUCCUAUUAAAAAGGGGCAUUUGACUGCUGAAACUAUUAAGCUUAUAGCAUCUAUUUUGGAUGAUAAUUUGGCCAAUCAACAACAGAUGCUGCUACUUUCAGGAUUUUCAAUACUGGGAUUUUUGCUUCAAUCAGUCCCAGCAAAGCAGCUAAAUUUGGAAACUCUUUCAGCACUGAAGCAUUUGUUUAGUGUUGUUUCUAAUGGUGGCUUGUCAGAGCUGCUGGUAACAGAUGCUAUUGCUUGUAUCCUUCUUAAUCCUCAUAUUUGGGUCCACGCGGUUUACAGGGUGCAACGAGAACUAUACAUGUUCCUUCUCCAGCAAUUGGAUAAUGACCCAAGGUUGCUAAAGUGUCUCUGUAGGCUUCCUCGUGUGCUUGAUAUUAUUGGACAGUUUUACCAGGAUAGUGAAGAAACCAAACAUGCUGUUAGAAGCAAGCCAGUUGUACAUGUCACAGAACGAAUUGCUGGAGAGAAGCUAGAGAGACAAGAAAUACAUAAAAUUCGUCUCCUUUUACUAAGUCUUGGUGAGAUGAGUCUUAGGGAGCAUACAGCGGCGUCUGACAUAAAAGCACUCCUUGCAUUUUGUGAAACCUGUCAGGAUAUGGCAUGCAUUGAAGACAUUUUAAACAUGAUGAUCCGUGCUGUUUCCCACAAACAACUCCUCGCUUCCUUUCUAGAACAACUGCAUGUCAUUGGAGGCUGUCAUACUUUUGUCAAUCUCCUAUCAAGGGAUUUUGAGCCAGUUAGAUUGCUUGGAUUACAGUUCAUUGGAAGACUUCUUGUUGGUCUUCCAGCAGAGAAGAAAGGAUCAAAAUUUUUUAACAUUUCAGUUGGACGGUCCAAAUCUCUAUCUGAAGUUCAUAAAAAAAUAAGCUUAGAUAUGAAACCAAUUUUCUCCAUAAUAUGCGAUAGGCUCUUCAAAUUUCCACAGACAGAUCAUCUCUGUGCUACACUGUUUGACGUUCUGCUAGGUGGUGCUAGUCCGAAACAGGUUUUGCGGAAGCAUAACCAAUCUGAUCGACCAAAAAACAGCAAAAGUAAUUCUCAGUUCGUCCUUCCACAGGUUUUAUCCCUAAUAUUCAGAUUUUUGUCAGGUUGUGAGGAUCGCACUUCAAGAAUGAAAAUUAUGGGAGAUCUUCUAGAUCUUCUAGAUUCAAAUCCUUCAAACAUUGAAGCUCUUAUGGAAAAUGGAUGGAAUGCUUGGUUGGUUGCCUCUAUGAAGCUGGAUGUAAUGAAGAGUUACCAAACCAAAAUGCAAAGUCUUGAUGACUCUGAAAUGGAUGAGCAAUAUUCUGUGAGAAAUGUAUAUAGUCUUGUUCUUUGUCACUAUAUGCUUUCUGUAAAAGGCGGCUGGCAGAAUUUAGAAGAGACUGUGAAUUUCCUAUUAAUUCAAAGUGAACAAGUUGGUGUGUCAUGUCAAUCUUUUCUACGUGAUUUAUAUGAAGAUUUGAUACAGAAGCUAAUAAACUUAUCUUCAGAGGAAAAUGUUUUUGUCUCUCAGCCAUGUCGGGACAACACAUUAUACCUUGUCAAAUUAGUUGAUGAAAUGCUCAUUUCUGAAACGGAUUAUCGGCUUCCGUUUCCUGCAAGCAGCUCCAAGUUUCCUCAGUUUCUGGAACUAGAGAACUGCCCAGAUUUCGAUGCUGCUUUAUUUGAGGUCUUGCAGGGAGAACCUGGUCAAAACUUAUCUGGGACUGCUGGGGUAAAGGACCAGCAUUAUUUCAAUGAAGAUGGAAAAAUUGUUGAUGAGUGGUGGAAUAUAUACGACAAACUCUGGAUCAUUAUCAGUGAAAUGAAUGGCAAGGGACGGAGCAAGAUGUUACCAAGAUCGUCAUCAUUUAUGGUGCCAUCUUUGGGCCAAAGAGCUCGCGGAUUGGUAGAAUCAUUGAACAUCCCUGCUGCUGAGAUGGCUGCAGUAGUUUCAGGGGGAAUUAGCAGUGCGCUGGUUGGAAAACCAAAUAAGACUGUUGACAAGGCUAUGCUACUGAGAGGGGAAAGAUGUUCAAGAUUUGUUUACCGCCUAAUAAUUCUCUAUCUUUGUAGAUCAUCACUUGAGAGAGCAUCUCAGUGCGUGCAACAGUUUAUCCCUAUUCUGCCUUUCCUUCUGACUGCUGAUGAUGAGCAAAGCAAGAGUAGGCUGCAACUUUUUAUCUGGUCCUUGCUAGCUGUUAGGUUCCAGUAUGGAAUGCGUGACGGUGGUGCCCGCUUUCAUGUCAUUUCUAGCUUGAUACGAGAAACUAUCAACUGUGGGAAGUCCAUGCUAGCUACGAGUAUCAUGAGUAGUGAUGAUUUGUCUGAUUUUGCUAAUAAUUCAAAGGAAGGGAACGCUAUAUUUGAUUUCAUCCAAAAGGAUCGACUUCUUGAUGCGGUUGCUGAUGAAGUCAAGUACAUUAAGACUGUGACAGCUGAUCGAAGUUUGCAAUUAGAUGAACUGCGAAGUAGACUGGAAGAAAAUGCGACAAUGGAUUCUAAUCAAAAGAAAGCUUUUGAGGAGCAAAUACAAAGUUGUUUAAAUACCAUUCUUGCUUUGGAUGACAGCAGAAGAUCUUUGUUCCAGCUCACUUUGGAUGAGGACAAGCAAAUUGUCGCUGAAAAGUGGAUUCAUACUCUCCGCUUGCUGAUCGAUGAAAGGGGUCCGUGGUCAGCUAAGCCUUUCCCAAAUAGUGUAGUUACACAUUGGAAACUUGAUAAAACUGAGGAUGCAUGGCGCCGUAGGCAGAAGUUAAGACGAAAUUAUCAUUUUAAUGACAAGCUUUGUGUCCCCCCCUCCGUAGUAGACGCUGUGCUUGCUUCUACCAAUGAUAACAAACUUGGUCUUGGGGUCCUCGCUUUGGAUAAAAUGAAGCAACUUUCACUGAAAGGAAUUCAGAGAAUUACUGAUGAGGGAUCUGCAGAACCAAGUGAAAGUGAGGUUCAAUCUACCCAACAAAAGAUCUCAGAGAUAGAGAAUUCAUUGGAACAACAGUACUCCGAGGUGACAAAAGAGAAUAGUGAGCAGGAAAUUGUGCAAGACAGAAGAGAUUACUCUUCAGUAACAGAAUCAGAGAAGAGUAAGGUUCUCAUGGAGAUCCCCUGUGUUCUUGUGACACCAAAGAGAAAAUUAGCUGGGCGAUUGGCAAUUAUGAAAAAAAUCAUACGUUUCUUUGGUGAGUAUUUGGUGGAAGGUACAGGUGGAUCAUCUGUUCUUAGAACCUUUUAUUCUUCAGGCAGUCUUGAUCACAGCACUUCUGAACACUUUGGAGGACCUCAGAGGCAGAAGUUUCUAAAAUUGCCCACGGAUUUGAAUUUCGAUUCUGAAAGGUUUAGUGUGAAUGAGGAUAUAAAUUCUAUUAAUGGAGAUAAUGAUAGAAAACAGCACAAAAGUAUUAAGCGUCAUCGGUGUUGGGACAUAUCUAAGAUUAAGGCUGUUCAUUGGACUCGAUAUUUGCUGAGAUAUACUGCAAUAGAGAUCUUCUUUGUUAACUCUAUGGCUCCAAUAUUUUUGAAUUUUGCAUCCCAAAAGGAUGCAAAGGAUGUUGGAAGUUUGAUAGUGGCAACAAGAAAUGAGUCUAUAUUCCUCAAGGGGCACAAGGACAAGGCUGGAGUUAUUUCAUUUGUUGAUAGACGCCUAGCUCAAGAAAUGGCAGAAACUGCUAGAGAAAGCUGGAGGAGAAGAGAGAUUACAAACUUUGAAUAUCUGAUGAUUCUUAACACCCUUGCAGGAAGGUCAUACAAUGAUCUGACCCAGUAUCCUGUAUUUCCUUGGGUGUUGGCCGACUACUCUUCUGAGACUCUUGAUUUGAAGAAGUCAUCAACUUUCAGGGAUUUAUCUAAGCCUGUUGGAGCUCUUGAUCCUAAACGAUUUCAGGUUUUUGAGGAUAGGUACCAUAACUUUGUUGAUCCAGAUAUUCCCAGUUUCUAUUAUGGUUCUCAUUACUCAAGCAUGGGAAUUGUGCUCUUUUACCUACUUAGAUUAGAGCCAUUUACCGCACUCCACCGCAGUUUGCAGGGUGGCAAAUUUGAUCAUGCUGACCGACUUUUCCAAAGCAUUGAAAGCACUUUCAAGAACUGUCUUUCAAAUACAAGUGAUGUGAAGGAAUUGAUUCCUGAAUUCUUCUACAUGCCGGAAUUUCUAAUAAAUUCGAACUCGUAUCAUUUUGGUGUAAAACAAGAUGGGGAACCAAUAGCUGAUGUCUGCCUCCCCCCUUGGGCCAAGGGCUCGCCAGAAGAAUUCAUUAGUAAAAACAGGGAGGCCCUUGAAAGUGAAUAUGUUAGUUCAAACCUUCACCACUGGAUUGAUCUGGUGUUUGGUUACAAACAGCGUGGAAAACCAGCUGUGGAGGCUGCAAACAUUUUUUAUUAUUUAACUUAUGAAGGUGCUGUUGACUUGGACAACAUGGAAGAUGAUUUGCAAAGGUCAGCCAUUGAGGACCAGAUUGCUAAUUUUGGUCAGACACCAAUUCAAAUUUUUCGUAAGAAACAUCCGAGGAGAGGGCCACCGAUCCCAAUUGCUCAUCCUCUGCGAUUUGCUCCUGGCUCUAUUAGUCUAACUUCUGUUGUUCCAAGUAUAAACAAUUCUCCUUCAGCAGUGAUGUAUGUCAAUGUGUUGGACUCAUACGUUGUCGCUGUGAGCCAAAGCCUCACAAUGUCUGUUAAGAUGUGGUUGACCACUCAACUGCAGUCUGGUGGGAACUUUACGUUCUCUGGCUCUCAGGAUCCUUUUUUUGGCAUUGGGUCAGAUGUACUCUCCCCUUGUAAAAUUAGGAGUCCUCUGGUGGAUAACUUUGAUCUUGGAUCAGAAUGCUUUGCAACCUUGCAAACACCAUCUGAAAACUUCCUCAUUUCCUGUGGCAACUGGGAAAAUAGUUUUCAGGUCUUGUCCCUGAAUGAUGGAAGAAUGGUGCAGAGUGUUAGACAUCACAAAGAUGUGGUCAGCUGUAUUGCAGUGACCGCUGAUGGAAGCAUACUUGCAACUGGAAGCUAUGAUACCACUGUUAUGGUGUGGGAAGUUCUCCGUGUUAGAGGCACUGAAAAGAGAUCUCGAAAUACACGGAUAGAGAUUCCUUGGAAGGACUGCAUUAUUGCUGAUACCCCAUUCCAUAUUCUUUGUGGGCAUGAUGAUGUUAUUACAUGCUUAUAUGCAAGUACGGAGCUUGAUCUCGUGAUAAGUGGUUCAAAAGAUGGAACUUGUAUUUUCCAUACGCUACAGGACGGAAGAUAUGUAAGAUCUCUUCGACAUCCUUCUGGUAGACCAUUGUCCAAGCUUAUUGCUUCUCGCCAUGGCCAAAUUGUCCUAUAUGCGGAUGAUCUUAGUUUGCACCUUUAUUCUAUUAAUGGAAGGCACAUUUCAACUGCUGAAUCCAAUGGCCGCCUUAGCUGCCUUGCACUAAGUAGUUGUGGUGAUUUUCUAGUGUGCGGAGGAGAUCAGGGGCAGAUUAUUGUACGCUCUAUGAACUCCCUUGAAAUAAUAACAAAAUAUACUGGAAUUGGUAAGUCGAUUUGUUCACUGACUGUGACCCCUGAAGAAUGCUUCAUAGCUGGAACUAAAGAUGGCAAUCUUCUAGUGUAUUCCAUUGAAAAUCCUCAACUCCGUAAAACAAGCCUUCAAAAAAAUUCCAAAAUGAAAGCAUCUGGACAUGACAGAUUAUAAUUCUGACAGUGGACGUUGAUAUUGAAUGCAGCCAUCCUGGUUUGAGUGAGGUACUCAAGCUUUUCUGCGUCAGAUGCAGGAUUCACUUGGUGCCGUAAUUUUCUAGCUGCUGCCAGCAGCUCUGGCACUUUGGUCUCGAUCUGGAGUUUUAUUGCUGCAACUGCAUAGGUGCUCGAUUCUCCUCAUUCUUGCUCUAGAAAAUCUUUAGUUCAUGUUCUCCAAGUCUUGAGAAUUUGACUGCUGGUGCAAUUGGAUGUCGGGCAGAGAUAAGAAAAGGCCGAGACAGAAGGUGGCAAAGAUGCUGCCUCUAGCAAGUAUACCGAAUAGUGGGUCUUGAAUUAGAACUUUGUCUUGCAAUGAAUUCAGUAAAUGUAUAAGGUGAGUACAUGUAAACAAGGUGGAAAAAGGAUGAAGAAAAUCUGGGCCGUUGCAUCUUCUUAAUUGUUGGCUCGGCGGCCCUUUCAAUAUUAUGUAAUCAACUUGUGCAGUGAUGUAACUAUGUAUUUUAAGCCUAUAUCAAUAUUACCAUAUACAUAAAUAUACAUAUAUA